AUGGCGGCCGCCAUGGCGGUGCGCGCGCUGUGCGGGCGCCUGGCGGGCGCGCUCCGCCUGGCCGCGCCGCCCGCCGGGUCAGCGCUGGGCCCGCUCGCUGGGUCCCCCGUGAGGCCUGUGCACGCCACGCCGGCCCGCCGCGGCCUCGAGGAGUUCUUCGAUGACCCGGAGAACUGGGGGGCGAAAAGCGUCAAGUCCGGAGAUGCAUGGGAUGUAAAGCAGCUAAGGGGCAAGAGUAGCGAAGAUUUGCACAAACUUUGGUAUGUCCUACUGAAGGAAAGAAACAUGCUUUUAACUUUAGAACAAGAAUCAAAGCGACAGCACAGGCCCAUGCCAAGUCCAGAGCGCUUAGAAAAGGUAGCAAAAUCUAUGAAAGGAAUAGAUACGGUUGUCAGAGAAAGAGAAGAUGCUUUGAGGCUUUUACAAACUGGCCAGGAAAAGCCAGUACCUGGUGAGUGGAGACAGAACUUCUUAGGACGCACCUUCUGGUAUAGUUUCAAGGAGUGGCCAAUACCAUGGUACUUGAACAAAAAAUACAAAAGGAAGAGAUUCUUUUACUUACCUCACGUAGAACGCUUCCUCAGGCUCAGACUUGAAAAAAAUUUACGUAGAAGAGCAAGAAAGCAAAAUCUAGAGAAGAAGAGGAAGAAAGUUUUAGAAAAGAAGUUCCCUCACCUUGCUGAGGCAUCUCAGAGCCAGUAACACACUGGAAGAGCACAGCAGCUGCUUGCUUGACUGUGACUAGAACAUGAAAUUAAAGUUCUGAAACCAGUGAACAAGUUGACUGAGCUUUCCUGAGAGUAUCCAUCUUUUAUCUCACAAAGCUUGACCACAUUUAAAUUGUAAUCUAGAAUUAAAGAGCAGCUUUGGAACAUGCAUCAAAAUUAUCUUAACAGUUUUGUCUAAAAGCAUUUGAAAAUUUAGAAGUGAGAAAAGUGAAACAUAUAUAACAACAGUAAGAAGCAGCAGCUCUCAGCCAGGUAGAAGUAUAAAAUAGGGAUAUUUAUCCCAUUUAACAUGCUCCAAGGAACUACACUUUGUUCUACUCUGUCUGACUUGUUAGAAAGUAUUCAGUAUUUGGCAUAUGAACAUUUAUAAAUGGAGUCUUUAUAUUUGUAGAUACUUGUGCCAAAUUCAUGCAUUUGUGUCAUUUUCUUCAUUGUGUACAAGUCUGUAAUAAGCUUCUGUGAGCGGAAGGUGGAAAAGUAAAAACUCUUACUGCUCACUACUACUAGGAGGAUAAAUGUACUUCAUGAAAACUUUUAACUUCAAAACAAAAUAAUA